AUGGUGAAUUAUUGUCGUGUUAACGGGUGUCAUAACAGAUCAAAUAGAGAAAGUCAAUUGUCAUAUUACAGGUUGUCUGAAGUUAUUGUAAACCAGGGUGAAACGACGCAGAAAUAUGCAGAAGAAAGACGAAUGGUUUUGUUAGCAAAAUUAGACCAAGAUUUCUCGGGGAAAAACCUGAAAAACAUCCGAGUUUGCUCAGCUCAUUUUCUGUCAGGCAAAAGAGCUGAUCUCUAUGACAGAGACAAUCGGGACUGGGCUCCAACAGUGAACAUGGGUAGCAAACCAGCUGCAAUGAAAGAUCGUUACGAACGCAGGAUUAUGAUAGAGAAUUAUUCUUUUACGAGCGAUGCUGCAUGCAAUCAACAGAUGACAGCCCAGAUUCCAGCCAUGAUCCCUCAAUUUCUACCGUUAACUCAAGCUGCAGGUCAACAAGUGGUUUUAGACAUGUCUGGAACAAAUCCACAUGAAAGUAUUUUAUUGACAAUGGCUCAACUUCUGGUGCAGGGAACCAAAUUGCCACAGUCUGCCACCAUGCCAGGAACCAGUCUAAAAUCUGAUUUUAGGGGAGGUAAUCAGCUGGACAAAAUCAAUUCCACUGAUGGUAUAAAAUCAGAAAAUGUGUCUAAAGAAGAAAAGAAAGCAGAUAUAGUGUUUACUCUUGGGUCAAGCACACUUAGUGCAGAAGAACAACUGAAGAAAUUUGUUAGUUCAAGUCAAGCCUCACGAAAUCAGGCCUACUAUGUUGUUGUAAAUAAAGGGGAGAAAAAUGAGAGGGCAUUCUUGAUUGAACCAAACAAAAAAGGAAAAUCUAAACCUAACACGAAAAGGAAAAUUAAAACAGAGAAAAAUGAUGACAGUCUAGUUAAAACACUAGAUACAGUCAAAACAGAGCCGGACAAAAAACCAGUCAAGGUAGAACAGGAAGUGGUGGUACCUGAUUCCUCUACAGGAGAUCCAGAACCUCAGAACAAGUUCCUAAAAUUUUGCCAGCUUCCAAAAACCCCAGCUAAAGUUCCAGUUGCAGCUGUUACACCUCAGAGACAAUCUGAACAGGAAAUCAAAACAGAAACUGCUGACUCUGUGAAAGAAGAACCAUCAUGUAGUUUUACACAAACUAUGUCAAACACUUCACAAAAUCCUCUAACUACAUCAACCAUAAGACAGUUACAGCCAACAUGUACAUCCCCUGUACUCUUUGAAGAUGGCCAGACAGAUGUACCAGCUCCUGAUUGUGUAAAUAAAACAAAUAACCUUGCUGAUUUAGAUAAAGAACAUAGCACGAAGAAGAAACCAAUUUUCAAGAAAAGGAAUUCACUUUCUACAAAAACGCUUAAAUCUGAGAUUGAGUACUGUAAGGGAACUUCAAAAGAUGGAGAUAGUAAUAUUGAUGGAGAAAUUAAUAUUAAUGAAGUAAAUGAUGAUAAAGAUAAUGCUGAUGAUUUUAAAGAAGAGAGUAAAGGUGGAGGAAGGAUUAAGUCUACAACAAGAGGGAAGGUAGAUAUGUCAGUGGUAGAUAAAGUUAAACAGGGUAGAAAGAAGUCAGGUGAUGUUCUACAAGAAACAAAAGAUAAAAAGAAUGUUGUUGAGGAAUUAUUAGAUGGAGAAUCGGCUUCAGGUAAUAAUGUGAAUUCGGAUGAGGAGUUUCUCAAUACCAGAAGACGUGGUGGAAGGAAACGUAAAUCAACAAGUAAAUUUCAAGAGUGGUCAAAGCGGUCCAGAAAAGGUGUCACAUACGAUGAUAAUGAAAACACUGAUGAAAAAGAAAAUAAGGCCAGAAACCAGUGUUUAUCAUGCAUAAAAUGUGGUAAACAGUUGUUACCACUAGGUCAAUAUGAGAAGCAGAAAAAACAUCCAGAAUUUUUGUCUUGUGUUUUCAAGAAGAACACAGAGUUGAUAUAUUUUCCCAACAUGAAGACCAAGGAUUGCCAAUUACAAACAGUUGAAUCUGAAACAAAUAACAAAGGAUUAUUGUUGAACAGUGUAUAUGACGAGACAUUAGGAUGUUGUAUACAGUAUUUACAAUGUAGACAAUGUAAGAAUGAUACAGUGAUUGGAGCUAGAGUUCUGCUGGCAGAUUCUACCUCGCAAUAUACAACUGGACAGACAUGGAUUCUUUCAUCAGCUGCUAAGUUAUGA